AGCGAAACACGGACGUCAUAAUCUAUCCUUUAAUUCCAGUUACAGCCGAAAAUAGUGCUUUAGUUAAAGAACUACAAUAUUUAAAUAAAGAGAUAUAAAGAAUCGAGCAUUUAUCUUUCCAUAAAUGUGAACAAAGUAAAGAGAUAAAAGAUAUAUAAUUAUAUUUAAAAUAUAGUAUUUUCUUAUUCUUUAGAUAACUUUCAGAGUCAUUUCAUAAAAUUUAAUCCUUCUUAAUCUUUCCAUAAUAUUUUUAUCAACAGUCACUUCGACUUUUUUAUUUUUACAGCAUAAUAUCGUAUUAUACACACAAGCGUCCAUUUUGCUUUACACGUGUAGCGGACGUAAAAAAGUUAUUUUGUCACGUUGCCAUAGCAACGAAACAAAACAAACAUUACAAAAUGGCGGUCGAUUUGAAAUAAUACUUUUGGUAUAGAAAUUUAAAUAUAAUGGCUCCAAAGAUGAAAAAUAAACAAAAAGUAGAAGCUGUGAAGCAAAAAACGAUAGAAAAAAUAGAAGACAUUAAACCAAUACCGGAAGCCAUUAUUUUGCAAUCUCCUUUAGAAAGCAUUCAAGAAAAUAUAUUCACGAAAGGUAUUGAAAAAGUUCCAGGAAUUGAACCUUUAACACUUUCUGCAGACACCCAGAAGCUUUUUAACUGUGUUAUUGGUGAUAAUGUUACUGAAAAUUCACGCAUAGUUUCAAUUCAGAAAGAAAAUAUUUUAAAUGAUAUUAAUGAAAGAAAAGAAUGUUCAGAAUUUUUUUCAUUUUAUCAAGUAAUUUUGGAAUAUCCAGAUGAUGAAUUGAAAUUAGUAUAUGACUGUGAUUCUAAAAAUAGUCAUAAUUUUUACUUAUAUGUAUCAAAGAAAAUGGCAGAAAAUAUUAAUAAUGAAAUUCUAGAACCUACUGAAGAGGAAGAAAAAUUAUUUAUGGAUACAUGGCCAGAUGAAGAUUAUAAGCUGCCAGAAUCAAUUGCUGGAACUCAUACUUCUUUUGGAAGUGAUAAAGAAAUUAAUGAACAAUUAGUGAAAGAUAGUAGAGAUAAAAUAUGCAUUCACAUUAAGUGGGAUACAAAACAACCCAAAAGAAAGUGUAUAUUAACAGAUAAAGAUGCUUGUAAAGAAUAUUAUGAAGUUCCUCUUACACCAGUUCCCAUAGUGGAAAAUAAAAUUUAUAGAAAAAUUGUUGACAGAGCUGUUCAAGCAGCAGUACCUUUAAAAGACCAGAUGAAUCAAACUGGAUUUGUUCUGAUGAUUAAUGAAGGAAACCAAUAUGAACCUAGAGUAUAUGAGAGUGAUAAAAAAAAAAUUGGUGAAGAUGAAAAAAUUUCCAGCUUUGUUCAGAAGUCCUCAGAAGUGUAA